AUGGCUGCCUCAUCAUCAAGUGCUGGCGACAUCGAGAUGCCUGCUACACCACCGAAUGAUGAAGCAGGCUCACCGAAAUUCGAUGUACAUAAAGAUGAGCAACACUCAGCUUCUACUUCUGGGUUGUCCUCGUUGCCGUCAGAUAUUGGUCCAACACCAAAAGGGCUGGGGGACUAUAUGGAGACAGACGAGACAAAUCGGACUGGCGCUACCAGAGCAGGUAGUCCUGUCAGACGCUCAAAGCGCGAGAGGAAGCAAAUGUCUCGUUAUGCUGAGUUCAGAGCCAGUAUCAGCAGCACUAGUAGCCAAGACACGGAUUCGCUACCUCCCAGAAAGCGAAGGAAGACUCCUGCUCCAGGAACACAGGAACAAUCCAGCUCUGCAUCCGAGACCUCGAUUGCACAGUCUUUAAGCUCGAACUCUGUGUCCAGCAUCCCAAACGUGCCGCUGUCUCCAGUACAAGCUUCAGCUUCACGACCAGAACCUAAGCUCAAGCAAUCAGUGACAGCAACAAUACCAGAGAUUGAAGCUGACAUUGUAGGAGCUUUCUUUGCAAAAGCCUAUGACAAACCAGUGAACCGCAAGUUUACGCUCCAGCAAGUGGAUGACUACACUAGUCGGUUUCCAGAACAGUUGGAACGCAUGAAAAGGAUGUCACAAAAUGAGAGGAAAGAGCAUUGGAUGUAUCCAAAUUUUGACUAUAAGAAUCCUACUUAUUAUGGGGCGGAUGGCACCAUUUCCAAAGCAUCGUCAAGCACUGCUCAGCCAGGGAGCAACAAAGGAUCGAGAACAACAUCUCCAUUGAAAGGCGGUAGAUCUGGUCAACAAGCUAGAGGCAACAGAGGUAAUGGCAAGAAUGGCAAGUCUCAAAAGGGCCGCGGUACAGGUGGUUCUGGCCCAGGUCGAGACAAAGAGUCUCCAGAUCCACCUCAUAAGAUCAGUAUGAAACCACAUGAGAAGGAUUUGCUCCAUGUUGUUAGACAAAGACAACUGAAAUUGAAGAGUCUGUUUAGCAGUAUGGCUGGACAGCAGCGGGAUGCCCUCGAGCUGCAGGCAUCAGGGAAUAUCUCGAAAUUGCUUCGAAAGCCCACCUUUCACACAAAGGUUCCCGCCUACCAUGAAGUCAUGCAAAAGCUUGAAGAGAAGGAGAACGAAACAAAAUCAUUGAUAAGAGCCGAGCUCAAGGAGCAGAUCGCAUUGGCUGACAGAGAGCUCGGCUCACAAGCCGAAGUCAUCAUACGAGAGUUCAGGACUCGAGUCGAGGAGGCCCAGAAAGAGCAUGUAAGGGGUUGUCAAGGCGACCUUAUGUUGAUUGCCAGAGCUCAUCGUGGAGCAGGCGACGAUACAAGGACAAGUAAUGGUUCAGACAUUGGCUCUGACUUUCCGCGCCUUCACGAAUUACCAGAGCCCGAUGCUCGACCUCGCGGCUAUACUUCACAACGCAUACAGGAUGAGAAGGCCUUCAGAGAAACAUCAUCAAGCUAUGACGAGCAAGCUCAGCGGGAAGUUAUUGAGAGAGACAUUGUGGGUCCUGUUUUGGAAGCAGCAGCUCGCGAGGCUGCCUCCCAACGAGCAGAUGUAGACAAGCAGGCUAGACUGGACACUCUAAUCGACGUCGCAAGACAGGAACUCAGACAAGCCGGAGGCUAUCUUGUUCCGCGACCAUUAUCUGAGGACGAGAACCCGCAAUUCGCUCUGUCCCGGCUUGCAGACGUUGCUGAGUAUAUCUCGACCAUUCACCCUAAUCGGGCAUACAUCUUCAUGCCUGUCGAGCCUCGAGACAUCGACGACUUCCCAAUAGAAUACCUCAUAGGACCAAAGUUGUACCUUGAAUACGAGCAGAUCCAGAGCAGACGUUCGGCCAAUUCAAGAGCAACAUCUCUGCGGCCAAAGUCCACAUCUCUUCCUCAAAAGCGACCGUCCGCAGACCAAACACCUUACAAUAAACCGUCAUUCAAUCCAUCGGCAUCUUUACCAAAUCUCGCAAUAGCGCCUUCGCGAAUGCCACCACCACCAUCAUCAUCCUCCUCCCAACGUCACCACAGUGUGCUAGUUAAGCCACCGAUCGCUCAUCCAACGUUCGUAAGAGCAUUCUGCAACAUGGCUUCACGCGAAGCCCACGCCUUUCCGGAAGUGGCCUCCUGGCUGCAGACAUCGUCACAACAGAUCCCAAGAGCUUCACAACCACCAACUACGGUUGCACAACUUGCUCCGCCAGCUUCACCAGCUUCUUCACGUGGCUCCCUCUCCCAGCCACAUGUUCCGCCACAACUCUCACCGCAUCAAUCGAGGCAAUAUCCUCCUACGAAAACAUCUAUUACUAGUCCAAUCGCCACAACAAGUCCUCAGCAAUUCCAGCCGCCAACAACACGCUUCGACAUACCACAACCCACAACAAUCAUUCAGCAACAACUACCGCAACCACCACUGCCUCCGCCUUCUCAACCAGCAAUAACAACAACAACAAUUUCAAGUCCAGCAAGCGAUGUUACACAACAAAGACGCCGAUCAAUCAAUGCUAGCUCCUUCCGUGCCUCUCGACCCCGUCUCGGCGGCCCCCGUCGCGAACCGGGCCAAAUUACCUUCACACCAGCUCAGACUCCCGACUCAGACCGUUUCAAGAACCCUCCACAACCCCAACUACUCCCACCAGGACAGUCCGCAUACCGACCCAGCAGCCUCCAGCCACAUCAUCAUAACUCUUACACCACCAACAUCAACAAUAACAACAACAACAACCACCAUCAUAACAUCCCAGAACUCCUAGCUCCCACCACCACUACCACGACUGGCCAAAACCUAACUCCUGCACAAGGCCCACCAUCAACCACCAGCACAAGCACUAGCACUGCGGGAAGCACAACAGGCAAAAUCGCAAAUACCUUCGUCAAUCAGAAUCCCGACGCGACGUCACGGUCAAUACAGGCGGCGGAUGUGGCGAGGCGAACUGCGACUUCGACUCAGGUGCAGGGGGCCGGGCCGAAGGGUGGGAAGAGGGUUUUGUUGCCGAAGGGGUGA